CCCACCGCUUCGUCUCCCUUCUUUGUCGAUCAUUCCGAGGGACUGGUGGAGGCGGAACUGCGCCACGGCGGCCGUCGUCGGAGGAGAUGGAAGAACCGCGCCGCCGACGGCCGAGGGAAGCGGCACCCACAUACGGACAAUUUGAUGGCUUGUUCACUGUUGAGAUCCAUCACAAUGGUUUUUUUGUGGAACUGGAAGCAACAUGACAUACAUGGAUUAUAUGGUUGACUGGUUUGAUAAUUGUCAGAGUGACACUUGGUCAAUGCUGUGGAUAAAUGAUUUUCUUGUACAACUAGGAUAUGACAAUGAAGUGUCCAAGAUUGAUGUGUAUUGGUCCCAACCAGGAAAAUCAUUUGGUGAGGGCCCGAAGCUUAUGACAUGUGAUGUAGACAUUGUUCUUAUGAUAGUUGCAACAAUUGAGCACAAUAACCUGGUACUGGUUGUAGACCAUGGUGACACACUUCAGUCACUAACCAAAGAUGAUGUGCUGAUACAUGGAGUGCCUAAUUUGCCAAAGGUUAUAACUCCAACAAAACUAAGGCAUGGUAAACAAAAUGUCAGCUAUUCAGAGAAACAACCCAGUACAACAAAGAAGCUUUCAAGCCCAGUAAAGAGGUUUAUGCCAUUUGGAGAAGGACCUAGUUCUGGUAAUGCAGCCGAAGAAGAGGACGAAGAUUUUGACAUUAGUGACAAUGGUGAAAGCAGUAGUUCAAAGGGAAAUGGAGAGGAUGUAGAGGCUGAGACAGAUGAGGAUUUCUAUGAGAGUGAUUAUGAAAUAGCAGCAGGUGACGAUGAUCUCUUUGAUGCCAAUGUGGACAAAGAUGUUGAUGAUCACAGAGAGAAAGAAAAUGUGCAGGACUUUGAAGGAGAACUUCCAGAAGAUGCAUUAGAGGAUAGUCAUUUGAACUUGUCAAAAGAAGAGAAAGAGAAGCUGAAACACAAAUUCAGCACUUUUAACCCAAGCACUGAUCUCAAUGCACCUGUUUUCAAGCUUGGGAUGGUCUUUGGAGAUAUGAAAGAGUUGAGGCAUGCUCUCGUUGCAUAUAGUGUCAGAAAUAGAGUGAAGGUGAACAAGCGUAGGAAUACUUCAAAGUUGUUAGAGGCUGUAUGCAAGCCAGGUUGUACUUGGUACUUGAAGGCAGGACAUGAUAAUAGGCCAAGUAGCAUUCAAAUAAAAAAGUACACCGACAAGCAUACAUGCACCAAAGCUUGGGACCUGAGAGUUCUUACUGCACCUUUUCUUACUCACAAGUUCAAGAAUGAAUUCAGAGACAAUGAGAAGAUGCCUCUGAGGAAAUUUUCAGAGAAAGUUGAGCAAGAAUUUAACUUGGUUGCAAAGAGGACCAAGUUGGGAAGGGCAAGAAGGGCAGCAGUCAAACAGAUUAGGGGAGAAGAGACAAAGGACCACUUCUCGACAUUAUAUUGGUCUUAUGAUGCAUGUAAGAGGGGGUUUCUUAAGGCUUGUAGGCCAAUCAUUUUCCUUGAUGGGUGCCACAUUAAAACAAGAUACAAGGGGAAUUUGCUGACAGCAGUAGGAAUUGACCCAAAUGACUGCAUAUUUCCUAUUGCAUUUGGCCUAUGUGAAGUGGAGUCAACACAUAGCUGGGAGUGGUUCUUAACUUCAUUGAAGGAUGAUCUCAACAUAAGCAACAGUACGCCAUAUACACUUAUGAGUGACAAGCAGAAGGUGGGCACACUUCCUUCCAUUUUAUGUUAUUGUUUGUUGUUAGUUUAUGCUAAUACACCAUAUACACUUAUUCAGAACAUAGAAAUUGCGUUAGGCAUAUUUACCAAAACUUUCACAAAGUUCACAAGGGUGAGCAACUGAAAAAUGACUUGUGGGCUAUAGCUAGAUCCCCAAAUGAGAUGGCCUACACGAGAAGCAUGAAUCAGAUCAAAGAGCA